GUCUCCCUAGGUAGGGUUUUCGCAAACCUUUGGAAUGUUGUAUUGUUAGGUGACGGGGCGAGUCGCGUACCGAACCCAAUAACAUUGACGUAACUUAGUAAACGUCAACGCCGGAACGGGCCGUUUGAAACUGAUUCUUGCAUUGCGGAUUGCGGCAUCUUUAUGGUAAAUCCUUGCGGCAGCUUCAGUUGCGAAUUGCUUGUUUGGCUGACCCCAGCGAUCUUCCACUCUAAGCGAUCGCCGGGUCUGAUCUCCAAGCGCUUAGGCCGAGACCCGAACCUGAAACGACGGGGCUGCUGGUCAUUGUGACAAGUCGACCGAGUUGCCGAAUUUCCUGUGGCCGGAAUUGGUUUUUAACUCGUGAUCCAGACGGAGGACCGACAUUUAUUUUUUUCGGUCCGUCGUCUAGAAGUCGGUCCUUGUUAUUGUCUCCAGUAUCUCGACAUCCACGUAGAGCCCUGGAUGGCUCUAGUAGCGAAGAUUGCCGCCAACCUAAGGGGCGUGGCGUUAGUAACCCCUUGGGUUCUUCACCUGGCGGUGUGCGACCUUGCGCUAUCUCUCCUCUUGCCAGUGAAGAUAUUCGCGCCGGACCUCGUCUAUCACGCUUCCUCCCGCAUUGCAUACUCCGUCUGGAAGUGGAUCCAGGUCAUAUUCGAGAGUUGCAAUGGCGCAAAGAUCACGUUUUCAGGGGACCGUUUACCGAUGAAGGAGUCGGCUGUUGUCAUCUCGAAUCACGUUACGUGGGCCGACUUUUACAUGAUUCAGGCCUGUGCCUUGCGUGCGGGUAUGCUGGGGCAAUGCCGAUGGUUUGCGAAGAUCCAGCUCAGAUGGGUUCCAUUCCUUGGUUGGGGCUUGUGGGCGAUGGGUAUGCCAAUGGUAUCCAGGAAUUGGAUGCGAGAUCAACGUGAGCUUCAACGCGUCUUUGGCGGGAUCGUGCGUAGGAAGUGGCCAAUGUGGCUGAUAAGUUUCAGUGAGGCUACACGAUUUACUCCGAAGAAGUAUGAGGAGUCUAGACUCUGGUGCAACGAGAAUGGCCGCCCGCAGCCCUUGCAUUUGUUAUACCCCCGUACCAAGGGGUUCGUGACUACUGUGCAGCAACUAAGAAAGGCACCUCACGUAAAGGCUGUGUAUGAUUUCACUAUUGCGUAUCAGCAUAAGGAUAAAUUCCAUAUAGCUCCGAACAUGUGGGAAACUUUGAAGCUUCCAGAUCUGAGCGGUUCCCACGAAUAUAGAUUCCAUAUCCAUACGCGGCGUUUUCUUCUGGAAGACCUCCCUUCGACGGACGAAGAACUGGUGAAAUGGUUGGAGCAGCGGUGGGUCGAGAAAGGGGAAUGGCUCGAUACUAUCAAAACUGAAUGGGCUACAAGAUAGUUCGCUCAUGGAAGUAUGCACAUAACCUGUGAGACUAGUACUAGAUUUUGAGACACGGUACCCUCUAUGUUGGAGUAGUAACUCGGGGGUGACGCUUUGAUAUGAGAACACUACUAUGUAGAAAUGUCAGCCGCAU